AUGAACUUGGAGCUUCCAGAAAGAGAAGCGACAGUCUGUCACCACAGAGGAACUUUGUACGAGAACAAAAUGAGUGUUUUAAUGAGUGAGCCGAAGUUUUUAACAAGGAACCUACCAAAAACAGAGAGCACUGCUGAGGAUGAUGAUGAUGAAGAACAUGGAGGUUUCCUUCUCAUCCCUGAAACUCCAUUUACAUGCAGAAGGGAGCUGAAAACAGAAAAACAGUACAGAAUAACCCGUACUUUCAAAGAUGUCUGCAAACAUGGGGGUGGAGCCUACACACAAUCAGGGGUGUGGCUGUUUUUCAAGUGGGUGGUUCUAUAA